UGAUGUCACAGAGUGGCUUCUUCUCUUCCAGCUCCUCUGGGGGCUGAGCCGGGGCUAUGGGUAGAAGGGUGGCUGAUCCGACCAAUCCAGUGCCUGCGCUCGGGGUGCCCCUGGCGGGGGGGCGAUGGGGUCCACUGUGCAGCGUGGGGGUGCAGACCUCCCCUGGCCUUAGGACCCUCCCGUCAAUCAAACUCAACCAGCCAACCAGUACGCAGCACCCAGAGACAAGGAGUAACAACCAUGUCACCACGGUAUUGACCAUGCCCUCGGAAACGGUUUUUUCGUGUAACUCAUGCAGCAGUGGCGGCAGCGGUGGUUUUGCCGUUUCCAAGGAGAGGAGUCAGAAUGCGAUCAACAGUCUGACACAGGACGACAUGGGGUCACAGGGGUCAGGGGGCGGGGUCUACUGUCAGAUCAAAACCAUAAGGACCAAUCCCAGGGAGUCUGGUCACAGGUCCAGCGGGAAACGGACGUCUCGAUACACCAAUGGGAGUGUGGUUGCCCCUGAGGUGGUGGGUGGGGUAUGUACUGAGGGUGCCGAGGGGAAUGAGCCAAUCAGAGAGAGGAGGAGGGUCCAGUCUCUGAGAGGGGAGGAGUCUCGCCCUGUGCUGAGGUCAGGGAGUGUGUCUCAUUCUGUGAGCUCUCACGCCACGCCUCCAAGGCCCUGUAGAAUGAUGACAUCAUCGCCCCGUCUCUGUGGAACCUGCGGGCGGAGACAGUCCCAGGCCCCACCCACUUGCAUGGCAACUGCAUGCCGCAGGCGAGCGGCCAACAAGUUCACAGAAAGCCAGACCCUCCCGAAUCCUCCCAGGAAACAGUCCGUACUCCUCAACCAGAACCGGAAAGACUCCCCUGUACUGAACACACACACACACACACCACCAACCACACACAAAGCUGUGAAGAACACUCAAACACAAACUCAGACAUUGCCCUCUCCACACACAACCCAAAAGACACACACGCUCACAAAAGAUUCACCUGUGCCCACAUGCUCCAACACUAAGGAUGCACAGCACACACAUACAGACCCAGAACCCAGUUUACCCAGGUUACAUCAGAAAGAAACACACACACAGACAGCAGACACACACUCACACACCACAGAGAAACACACAUCUAGGCCAAAUAAAUCCACAAGAAAUACUCCAGCUACACAGCCUUUACCGGACAAAAACACAGAGACGUCAUCUGACAACCAACACACACCACCAAACUCAUCUACACAAGUCACCCCCAAGCCACCACCCCCAGCCCUCCUCAUAGGCAAAAAAUCCUCGGCCUCUGCCCCUCUCCCACCUAAAACCUCCCCCAACCCCUACCACACUGUCCAGGUGAACCCAAAACCAGCACCGCCUGUCCUUCAGACCCAACCCAAACAUACACCCCUCACCCCCUCCCGGCUCUCCAAAAUAACACCAGCACAACCAAUCAAAAAAGAAGACUCCAAAACCCCUGGCCAAUCAAAAGAUGCAAAUGCUCUGCAUGCUGCCCAUUUGGCCCCACAGUGCAAUGGGGCACCAGGAGGUAUGGUGGGGUUACCAGGUGGGGUACAGGGGUGUGUGUCGGGGGGCCUCCACGGGCGUCUUCACAGCGUGGAAGAGAGUCUGCUCUCCAACCAGGAGAAGAUCAAAGUCCUCCUCAAUGUUAUCCAAGACCUGGAGAAAAGCAAGGCCCUCAGCGAAGGGCGCUGCUCUUACAGAACUGGACAGGAUAUCAACAACUGCCCCACCUGUCAGAAGACUGCCUGCAUCAUAUACAGUGUGGAGCAUGACUUCAGACAGCAAGAGGGGAGGUUCCAGCCAGUGAUGGAAACUCUAGAUGGGGUUUACGAUGUCCCCCUCCCUGUCCCCAAACCUCCCACCUCCCGCCCCAGCGCCAAGGCCCGUGUCAAGAAGCUACGCAAGAAGUGUUUCUGGUGGCUAUAGAUACACAUCCAUCGCCGGGGGUACAGUCGCCAUGGAGAAGUUGCGGGAUGCUGUUACCAAGGGGAUUGGACAGGUGUGUGUUGAUGGACCAUGGCAACUGUUCCUGUGUCUUUGAUGUUGCUAUAGGAACUGUACACCUAUUAUGGUAGCUGAGCUACAGAGAUGCUACACCUUAGAAACAGUUGGAGUGUGGAUAACAUGGAGAGCAAUAAGUUACCAUGGACAACUCUGAGGUGUGACAACUAUGACAACUAUGAGGUGUGGACCAACUGAUAGAGUUCAAGUCUUGGGAUCACUGGUUACUGGAUUUUGAAGAGACACUAAACUGAGUGACUUUGUCCCUGACCAACAGAGUUACUGUGCUACUGUGCUAGGUUGGACACAUAAGGGACACGGUUUAAGAGUGUCUAGUGGUGACUCUGAUAGGUCAAAGGUCCCAGUGCUUGAACAUAGAUGAGCACCUAUUCACAUUCCACGACCUACAGAGUGACCAGUCCAUCUACAAUCCCUUCAGAGAGUGACAGGCCACGUAGCCAAUCAACACACGCUUCCACCAGGAUUCUUCCGCAAUACGCAAAACAAAAACGUUACUGAGUCAUACUCAGCACAAACAAUAUACACACACAGUAUAGCACUAAACACAUCACUUACACACACACAAGCACACAAGCACACGCACACACACACACACACACUACAAUUAUAUCCACUCUACACUAUGAGCUUUCAUUUUUCCACAGCGCUAUUGGCUAAAACACAAGCUCAACCAAUAAUAAUCUCAACCUUUCCUUCCAAGACCACACCCUAUUUACUGUUUAACCAAUAAUCAGCCCCGGUCCCUAACCUGCCACAUCAGUGCUUUUUAAUAGAUCGCUCUUCCCAUCUCCAUAUGUGAUCUCCCACAAUGCUUUUCUCUUCCUUUUCCUCUCGCUGUGUUGUUUGCAAUAGUUAUAUUGGGAUCCAAUAAAAGUGUGUAUUUUAAACAGAACAGAUCAUUUCCUGCUUGAACAGGGGUUCCCUAUUCCCAUGACGACACACCUAAAGCACUAUUGACCACCACCAUUCAGGAUGAAGCCAUGGCACUAUGGAGGAAUGGUAACAGUGGAUGGAGGGCUAUAAGAGGGCUACAACGUGGUGUUUCAAAGGGUAGAACAAAGGGCACUAAACUGAAAGAAAGUCUACAGACUGAAUCAAUCAGUAGUUUCCCAAAUACUUCCUGUGUUUCA